AUGUCGAGUUAUCAAUUGACGAAAGUUCGCAAGGAUACCCUUAAAGCUUGCAUGACAUGCCCUCUCUGUAAUAAAUUGUUCAAGGAAGCUACAACUAUCUCUGAAUGUCUUCAUACAUUUUGCAGGAAAUGCAUAUAUGACAAGUUUACAGAUGAAGAAGGAGGAGAUUGCUGUCCAGUAUGCAAUAUUGAUCUAGGUUGUGCUCCAGAGGAGAAGCUGAGGCCUGACCACAAUCUACAAGAUUUACGGGCAAAAAUCUUUCCUCUCAAAAAAGGAGAGGUCAAGGCACCUGAAGUCACAUGUGAUGUCACACCCGACGUGAAACCUGACGUGACUCGUGAAGUCACACCACCAGCUUCAGUGCCAGUAAGAAGAAAGGAGAGAUCACUCUCUUCACUGGUGGUUAGCACACCCAGGGUUUCCGCGCAAACAAACUUGACUGGGAGAAGAACAAAAGCCGUAGCAAGAAGGGCAGCUGCUUUACGAGGAUCUAGUUUUACAAUUGAUGAACCUGGUAAAAAGAAUGAAGGUUCUCAUGAAGAUCACUCUGAAAGCUCCAGCUCACCUGAAACUCUGAGCAAGAUUGCUCGAAGAAGACAGAAUUAUUCCAACGCUGAACCUUCUAAUCGCCAGCUUACCUAUAAAGAUAAAGAAAAUAUUGCAGAAGCAUGGGCUAAGAAAAUAGACCAGUGGAGACCGUUAGACUGCCUUGUUGAAGCUGCAAAUAGGACAAAAGCUCAUAAAUCCAGUUCACAAGGGUCGAAUGUGAAACAAGAACAAGCCAAUGAGCCAGAUGACGAUGUUCAUGUGCCUAAGCGUAAAGUUAGGGAGCAUAAGAAAUCGAAAGUCCUAGACGGCAAGGAUUGUGCUAACCCAUCUCCUUUAGAUCUAGAGAAACCCAAUAAGUUGCACAAGAUAGGAAAGAAAAGGACUGCGCCUCUGCAAAUUACUCCUCAAAUGGUUCUUGACGCUAUGGCUGUAAAACCUGAGAGAAGAACUACCCCAAUUUGGUUUCAGCUAGUAGCUUCCGAAGACCAGAAAGGAGAACAGUUGACCCAGAUAUCUAAGUCGUUUUUGAGUGUACAGGACGGUAAUAUGCCCGUUUCCGCAAUCCAAAAAUAUCUCGCAAACAAACUUCAUCUUACAAGUGAAGCUGAGGUUGAGAUCCAAUGUUGCGGGCAGCCAAUUGUCCCAACUUUACAACUGCAUAACUUGGUGGACUUGUGGUUACAAACGGCAACAACAUCAGAGAGAGUUUCUGCAUUAGUGGGCGCCUCAGCUAAUGAAUUUGUAAUGAUUUUAGUUUAUUCGCGGAAAGUUCAUACAUCUUAAAAUGGAUGAUCUUUAUUCUUUUUAUUCGUUUGGAUCUUGUCCAAUAAUUCUCAGUAUGUUACUUGAUAUCCUACUGUAACUUUUAAAAUUCAAGUAUAUAUGCUUGCAUGGGCAAUUUUCUUUUUGAA